CUGGUCUAUUUUGGGUUAUACAUUCCUCCAUUCAUUGCCCAAUGGGAUUUCUAUCUCCUCCUUUCUUAAAUAUCUGGAUCGCUGUGACCAUAGAAAUAAAAGGGAUAGACAGGUCUGCUUGCAAAAGAGGGUCCUCCCGACUCAACUCUGGGUGGGUUGACAGCUAGUUCUAUUAAUUUAUAUUCUGUAUCGAAGAAGCACAACAAGGUCUGUGAGGAUGAUGUGAUGGGACAACACCAAGCAGGGCAGGUGAAAACCGUAAUUGUAUAGGUUGAUUCAACUAGCUAAUUUAUAAACAUAAAAAAGAACGGAAAGAUUAUUUUUUAGAUCUAUAAGUGGUUUACCGAAGCCUACUUGUAUUUAUUAUUAUUUUUACCAGCUAAUCUAAUGUAAUGGCGACCGAGUGCACCCAAGAAGCUGUCGUACAAUUUCUAACGGAGCGAGGAGGGAGAGCGAAAAACCAGGAAUUAAUUGACUAUUUCAAAGCUUUUUUCCCCGACGACCCUGACCAGAAAGCAAUUGUUCGGGAUAAAUUCAAGGGAUACGUGGACAACGUCGCAUUUGUAAAGUUGGAGAAUGGAGGGAAAUGUGUAUGUUUAAAAAAGAAGUAUCGGUUUUCAUUGAAGUAUACAGUGGAAAAAGGCAACGGGACAGGCACCUUAUUGGAACAAGAUAUCAGCACCCCUGUCCUAUCAAAAUCAUAUAAGAACUUGAUAGAAGAUUGUGCACCACAACUGCAUCUGUCAGUAUCUUCUGAUGGGGAUGUGCGCUCUUGUGAAACCACUGCAAACGAGGAGGCACAACAAGAAACUUCACCUGGCUCAGGUUACGGAACUGACAAUGCCCCAGGAAUUAUUUUGGAAGGUAACAUUGGAGAAAGAGCUGCGUCAACAUGGUCUGUAGUUCAGAAUAAUAGUUUAUCAGACAAUAUGGGAAAUGCGUUAGGCCUUGGUGGCAAUGGAGAGCAAAAAUUGACCAAGGAGGACAUUCAGACAUUGCAACCGCACGGCAUACCGCAAAUUGCAGUGAUUGAGGCGUCACCUUUACCUACAGCCGCAGAUGGCUCUAUGUUCCACUUACCCGGACGUCCAUUCCCAACUAAUGCACAGGACAGCCUGCUGUCCAGUCAACCUUCAUCACAGGACGGGGCAGACGAAGGCCAGUAUUAUGAUUCACAACUGAGCGUAUCUGGUAGUGACAGCAACACGCCUAAAGGUAGCCGUAAUAACUUUAUUGAGCUCAUGAUGAAUAGCUCCCCCCAGGAGCGACGCAGCAUGGUGUUGAGGAACUCAGUCUACCUGUCUGCAAAGUACAGGGACUGUGCCCGGAGCGACAGUGACUCCGCCUCUGUGGUUUCCUCUACUACAGACGAAGACAGUGCUUCAGUCACUCUGGACCCGUUGGAACACGAAUGGAUGAUGUGUGCAUCCGACGGCCAAUGGGAGAGUCUCCACCGCCUCCUUUCCUGUGAACCGAACCUUGCCAUGAAGAAGGAUUUUGUGACUGGGUUCACCUGCCUGCACUGGGCCGCUAAGCAGGGCAAACAAGAACUGCUGGCGCUUAUCGUGAACUUUGCCAAUCAACACACAGUGCCCAUCAACAUCAACGCCCGGUCAAGUGCCGGCUACACGCCACUACACUUAGCAGCAAUGCACAACCAUGUUGAGGUGGUGAAGUUACUGGUAGGAGCCUAUGACGCAGACAUAGAGGCCAGAGAUUACAAUGGGAAAAAGGCAUGUCAGUACCUUACAAACAGUGUGGCCAUUGAUAUCCGUGACAUCAUCGGGGCGGGUGGUGGCGGCGACUCGGACUCAGAGAACACAGACUAUGGGGAUGGGGGGCGUUGGAGGUUGUCUAAAGUUCUCCAGUCUAAUCUGAUGCCCCUCAAACUGCUCAAUCACAGUGAGGAGGACACCGGUGAUGGAGCAGGCCAGGCCAGACAGAAACCCUUGCAAAGGAAAUCAUCCCUUAGCAAGAUGAAGCCCAAACUUCAGAAGAUCCGCUUCAGAUCUUCACAGAUAGUUCACAGCACAUCGUUCCCAGCACAUUGUGAGACAGAGGAGUUUAACGGGUCCAGGAAAGGCUCAUUUAAAUCCAGACCCAUGUCAAAUCUGUUUGGCUGAAGAAAAGACCCUAAGUGCUCUCGACAAAGAGCAAAUAAACCACUACAGUGCAGGAUGACUGGCACAAUACUGCAUAGUCUGAUGUUACAAGUCUUUUUGUGUGUGGCAUAGGCCUAGUCUGGUGUUACACAUACUUAAGGGUUUUCCCCCCAGGCAUUAUAUGAAUAUACUGAACUAACAGAAUACGGUCUUACAUGAUCUAUUGAGUAACUGGCCAGAUUGCCACCCAUGUUUAAGCUAAAUAUUUCUGUCUUAAUCGUCUUAUCAUUCCCAAGUGGCCAAGUAGGUUUUACAGUACGUCUGCUUCAACCCUUAACAUAGAUGUAAAGCUGCCUGCAACCCACUGGGCACAGAUGUCAGUUCAACGUCUAGUUUUGAUUUACAUUUUGUUGAGUUGUCAACUAGUGUGA